AUGGAGCCGUCCAUCGUGGUGCUCUACUCGCAGUCCAGCAGCCCCCAGGCCGCCCAGGAACCGCUGUCGCUCCCCAGGCAGAACCUGGUCACCGAGGCCGCGCUGGCGGCGCGCGCCAAGAACAACGACGCGGUGGCGGCGCCGCAGACGCCGGUCCGGGCCGACGGCGACGUCCUGCUGCGCGGACGGUCGCCCACGCCGCGCUGCGCCAACGGGCAGCCCUUCUGCCUCUACGACCAGGAGUACCCGCAGCAGCGCGUCCACGAGAUACUCAACACGUACCACGACGACGCCAACACACUGUACCACGCGCUGCACCGCUACAACCCGCAGGAGCUCAUCAACAGGGACAACCAGACCCACAACUACAGGCAUAGAGGGCACUUUGCGUGCGAGUCCGAAGUGGCGUACCUGAGGCCGGGCUGGGCCAGGAACUGGAAGGACCAGUGGGUGGCCGUCGUCAACACGGACAAGUUCCCGCAGAUGGUGCGAGUGGAGACUUGCAAGUUCCUGAACCAGAAGUGCGAGUUCCUGCCGCCGUGCUACAAGUCCUCGUGCAUGCAGCGCUUCGCCGCCACGCGCUUGCUGUGCGUGGACCCGGCCAACCCCCACCAGCGACCCACCAUCGACGUGUUCGAGAUGCCGGUCGCCUGUUCCUGCUUCGUCGAAAACUUCAGAUUCCUUUGAAUCUCUGUCUAAUUGUUUUUCGUUUGAUUUGUUGUUGUUGUUUUUGUUGCUGCUGCUGUGGCGAAACGCGAUGGAGCUGUUGCCUCUGACUUGAUGAUCACCCUGUGAUUAAAAUGUCGC